AACUUGAACAACCAAUAUGAGGCAACCACCUGCAAUGCCAUGAUCACGGAAGACCCUGGUCAAGGCGGUGAUCUUCUCGUGAAGACAUCCGCCUGUCCCUCGUACGAAUCGGCUCUCCUUGAACUGCUCGCCACAACCAGCGAAAUGGUAUCCCAGGCCACUGUCGGAAAGACUGCCAAGACCGCCGCCCAAAGAAAGGAGAAGGCUGUUCGGGAUGCCGUUGACAAGAGAGAUCUUGAGGAGAGAAUGCAAUGUGUGCGCAGCGCCAUCGACCACGCCUGGGAGCAGCUGAAGCCCGCCGGUGACCCCGUUGACUUUCCCAUCCGCACCGGGAGAUUGUCUGAUCAGGUCGGCUACAAUGUCUCGGCUGUCCGUGUUGGCUUGUAUGGCACGGGUGAGACGGAGGAGCUCGCAUUGAUUGACUUGAAAGGCAAGAUGGGAAGCUGGAUUAUGGCUCUCGAGUGGAAGAAGCAAGCCGAUGCCAAAGUCCAAAGUGCCAUCCUCCAGUAGUUGAGUCUGCUUUACUUGACAAAGCAUUCAAGCACGACAGAUAGGAU